GCCGAAUGCUGCCCGACUGAUUGACCUUCUUCCGAACGACCAUCGCAGUUAACUCGCGCGGGACGUUUUGCAGUCAGAUCCCCAGCUCUUGACCAUGUUCAACGUUCGACGGUCCCUUUCAGAAGCUUCAACUUCAAGUUCGUCACUGCCGGAGAUGCAAAUGACACCCGCAGACGAAGAGCGCUCUAAUAUGCUAUGCAUAUCCGAUCCUAAACCAGAAUUUUCGCUUCACCCGCUUUUCACUGAGGGUGAUACGACACUCGCUGCCAAAGGAGGCAGCACGUUUUUCCGAGUCUAUUCCCACACCCUCAAGAUGACCUCUGGUUUUUUUCGUUCUAUGUUCAGCCUGCCACAAGAUUCGUCGUCUUAUUCAAAACCAGGGGGUGUUUUCUAUCUUGACGAGGACGAGAGUACGUUAGAAUGUCUGUUGAAGAUGAUGUGUGGUUUGUCCCUGCCACCGAUAGACACCUACGACCGGCUAGACUCGCUUCUCGAUGCGGUGGAGAAGUAUGAUACCCCUGGGCCGCUGUCGAUUGUCCGUCUGCUGGUGAUGACUCCAGCACUGACAGUCCAACCGUUCAGACUGUAUGGGAUUGCAUGUCGUUUUGGGUGGGAAGCCGAGGCGAAGCAUGCAUCCACGCAGACUCUACGGUACAACCUAUAUGAUCCGGCGAUCCGCCCGUUGCUGCAGAGGCUGUCGACCGGUUCUCUGUUAAAACUGAUGGAACUGCAUCGAUCACGACGAGAGGGGUUGAGACAGAGAUUGAAUGACCCUCCAUUCGUUGCGGGGAGCACUGCGACUUGUGUCAGCUGUCACAGUCUCAUUGACUACCACACAUGGCGAGAGCUGAAGUAUAAGAUUAUCCUUGAAAUGGAUACACGGCCUCUGGGCGACACAGUCAUCGAGACGGGAUUGUUGGAAUGGCCAGAGGCCGUGGCAUGUUGGACUGCCAAGUGCCCAGAGAAUGCCUGCCAUCGCAGUCUUUAUGACAAGGUGGAGACACUGCGCGUCAUCCGCGACUGUGUAGAUAAGCUUCCCAAGUCCAUCUAGGUAUGUCUGAUGCCCAUGGUUCCCGUAUACCAAGCACGUUGCGAUAGAUAUUCGUGUUUUUUUGUCUGUAUGGUAAUCAGAUUGCUUUCGGUAUCUCUUCCUCG